UUUGCCUUAACGCGCAUCUCCUAUAUCUACUUUCAUUUUUCACGCGCAACAAGAAGGUGCUCUAUAUCUCUUUCAUUAUUAAUUAGGAGAAAAACAAAGAUCAAGAAAUAAUCAGCAAGCAAAAAUGGUGAAAGACAGAACAAUUGGUGUAGCAAUGGAUUUCUCAAAAAGCAGCAAAACAGCUCUUAAAUGGGCCAUUGAUAAUUUAGCUGAUAAAGGUGACACUUUUUACAUCAUCCACAUCAAGACUCAUUCUUCUGAUGAGUCACGUAAUAAGCUUUGGGCUCAAUCUGGCUCUCCUUUAAUUCCAUUGGUGGAGUUUAGGGAGGCUGAGGUGUUGCAGAAAUAUGAUGUGAAGACUGAUGUGGAAGUUCUUGAUUUGCUUGAUACUGCUACCAGGCAAAAAGAGAUAAAAGUUGUGAUCAAGAUAUACUGGGGAGAUGCUAGGGAGAAACUAUGUGAAGCUGUUGGAGAUCUGAAGUUGAACUCUUUGGUUAUGGGUAGCAGAGGCCUCAGUACCAUCAAAAGGAUAAUCAUGGGAAGUGUGACCAACUAUGUAUUGUCUGUUGCGACCUGCCCUGUGACUGUUGUUAAGGAUCCAGAUUUUCACAAGCACUAGAGAUCAGGUUUUGUUGGUUAAAUAUGAGUGA